AUGACCCAGGCUCGGAAUCUUGAACAAAAACUUAUUCCCAUCCCAUUAGUGGAACAAAUAUUUUGUGUCGAUAUUCCUAAUAUUCUUCCGAAACAAAAGAAACCAAAAUCAAAUCAAAAAGCAGUUCUGUCGAUCAAACGGUCUGCACUAUCACUUGUACCUGCUUAUUGUAUUACAACACAUAAAAGUCGAGGUCAAACAUUGUGCAAAGUGGUUAUUGAUUUAAAACUACCAAAUGAAACUGACGAUAUUGCAGCAGUCUACGUACCACUAUCUCGUGUAAAACGUUUGGCCGAUUUAGCUAUUCUACGACCAUUUGAUUAUAGAGUUUUGCUGAUGAAACCAUCUACAUCUCAAGUUACUGAAAUGGAAAAACUGGAUCCACUGUUUUUGAAUAUACGAUCACGUUUUUCGAAAUGGUUUCAAUGA